AUGAAUACCAGCCAGGACGCAGCUUCGGCUCCCGACGCAGGCGACAAUGACGCCGCUGUGUGGAAGGAAAUCCGAGACGCGCACGAGGACCUGAUGCAGGCUGACGACGCGGAACUCGUUGAAGCUUUCAAGACCUUCGCGGCCCUCAAGACCCGCCUCAAGCCGACCGUGCGCUUCAGAUUGAUGAAGGAGGUUAUCGAUGAGAAGGAGAAGCUCGAUAACGGCCAGACCACAAAAGAAGAGGAGACAAAGCCCCUCAACCUCGACUCUCUCCUUCGAGAGAUUGGCGAAGCACCUCUUCUCAAGCUCUCCCAGGCUUUGAAGCGCCUCUCUCGCCAGGGGCAGUACAAUGCCGCCAUCGCCGCUCAGCUGAUCUGCGAAGAGCUGGACCAAGAGUAUCCUCUUUACGCUGACGGUCGUCGCCCCCUUACCAGCGAGUAG